CACCACACAACAUCUUUCUUCCUCGCUUCUUCUUCUCCUCUCCCGUUUGCUUUUGAGGCAGUAGAAUGAAUUUCCUGUCGGUUGAUCAGAUAUCUGAGUUCCAAGAGGCCUUCUGCCUCUUUGACAAGGAUGGAGACGGCUGCAUUACCAUCGACGAAUUAGCCACUGUAAUCGGAUCAUUGGGUCAGAACCCGACUGAAGAAGAGCUGAAAGAUAUGAUCAUGGAGGUUGACAUCAACGGCAAUGGCACCAUAGAAUUCACAGAGUUUCUGAACUUGAUGGCUCGAAAGAUGAAGGAGACUGAUGCUGAAGAGGAAUUAAGAGAAGCUUUUAAGGUGUUUGACAAAGACCAGAAUGGAUACAUCUCAGCCAGUGAGUUGAGGAAUGUGAUGCUCAACCUUGGGGAGAAGAUAACAGAUGAGGAGGUCCUCCAAAUGAUCAAGGAAGCUGACACCGAUGGUGAUGGACAAGUGAACUUCGAGGAGUUCUCCAGGAUGAUGAUGGCUGUCUGAGCUUGUGAUGUGCAGAGCAUCUAAUCCAUAAACUCAAAAUGAGAAGUUUGGCUUUGUUUUUUUGUUCUUUCUGGUGUCAGCGUAAAAUACUUGGUUGUUUAUUCUUCUAUUUCAACACAUUCUUGAUGA